AUGGUUGUAGUGGGGGAGCUUCACAAGCGUCCAGUGACUCUGCCGCCCAGUGACUCUGCCGCCCAGGCCAAAGCUUCAGGGAAGAAGAAGAAAGGAGGACCCGUUGUGUACAGAGCUGUGGCCGCCUCCCAGGACCGCAAAGGUCUUUUCUACUAUGCCAUAAAGCAGGCGCUGACCUUCCAGGGCUACGAUGUGGAUCAGCAUGGCUUCCUCAUCAAACGCGCCAUUAAUAUGCUGAUUGUCAUUCACAGAGAGAAGGGAAGUCAUGCUUGUGUGGAGGAGCAGCUGUGCUGCUGUGUUUUAUGUCAGGAUGUCCUGAAGGAUCCAGUCUCUACCAGCUGUGGACACUGGUUCUGCAGACAGUGCUUCACCUCAUACUGGGACCAGGCUGCUUCAUCGGGAGACUCCCCCUGUCCCCUUUGUGGAGAAAAAUCCAGUAUCAGAGCUUGUCUCCAGACUACCAGUCAGAGUAGCUGUGAACAAACAAUUGCAGGUUUGCAGGAGGUUUUACAAGAACAUAAGAUCAGUUUGAAGAGGAGAUAUGAACAUGUGAGUGAAGGAACUAAUGAAAAACGAAAUGGAAUUCUUCUCAACAACAUCUACACUGAGCUCUACAUCACAAAGGGACAGUGUGAAGAGAUUCAUAACCAACAUGAGGAGAGGCAGCUGGAGAUAGCUUCCAAAAAGAAGACUCUUGAUGACACUCCAAUCAGGUGCCAAGACAUUUUUGAAGCCGUAUGUGACCAAAAGAGACCAAUUAGAGUGGUUCUGACAAAUGGCGUAGCUGGCAUUGGAAAAACCUUCUUAGUGCAGAAGUUCACUCUGGACUGGUCAGAGGGUUUGGAAAACCAAGACAUUAGUGUGGUGAUUCUGCUUUCAUUCAGGGAGCUGAACCUGAUCAGAGAUGAGCAGCACAGUCUUCUAGAGCUGCUCCAUAUUUUUCAUCCAGCAUUACAGAAGGUCACAGCAGAGAAGCUCGCUGUCUGUAAACUUUUGUUCAUCUUUGACGGCCUGGAUGAAAGCAGACUUUCAUUGGAUAUCAUCAACAGGAAGCUUGUGUCUAAUGUCACACAGCAGUCAUCAGUCAGUUUCCUGCUGACAAAUCUCAUCGAGGGGAAUCUGCUUCCCUCUGCUCUCAUAUGGAUAACUGCCCGACCUGCAGCAGCCAAUCAGAUCCCUCCUGCAUAUAUUGACAGGAUGACAGAAGUACGAGGCUUCACUGACGCCCAGAAGGAGGAGUACUUCAGGAGGAGAUUCAAUGAUGAAGAGCUGUCCAGCAGAAUCAUCUCACACAUGAAGACAUCCAGGAGCCUCCACAUUAUGUGUACAAUCCCAGUCUUCUGCUGGAUCACUGCUGCAGUUUUGGAGCACAUGUUGACUACAGAGCAGAGAGGAGAGCUGCCCAAGACCCUGACUGACAUGUACUCACAUUUCCUGAUGGUCCAGACAAAGAGGAAGAAGAACAAGUACCUCGAUGGACAUGAAACAAGUCUACAGGAGCUGAUGGAGGCUGACAGGGAAGUUCUCCUGAAGCUCGGGAGGCUGGCCUUUGAACAAAUGGAGAAAGGAAACAUCCUGUUCUACCAAGAAGACUUGGAGCAGUGUGGUCUGAAUGUCACAGAGGCCUCAGUGUACUCAGGAGUUUGUACAGAGAUCUUCAAAAGAGAGUGUGUGAUCUUCCAGAAACCAGUCUUUUGCUUUGUUCAUCUCAGCAUCCAGGAGUUUCUGGCUGCUGUCUAUAUGUUCCACUGUUACAACAACAAAAAGACAGAGGUGCUGCAGGACUUCCAGGAAAAAGACAUCUCAUCUUUGGAUGUCUUUUUGAAUAGAAUCAUGGAGAAAUCUCUUAAAAGUGAAACUGGCCACCUGGACCUGUUUGUUCGCUUCCUUCAUGGCCUGUGUUUGGAGUCCAACCAACAACUUUUAAAAGGCCUAAUGGAAGCAUCAACAUCUUCCACUGUCUGAUAGAGAUGAACGACGUCUAAGUAUAUAUAGAAAUCCAAAAGUUCCUGAAGUCUGAGAACAG